GGUUUUUAUGGCAACCAAUGAAGGGGAAAUGAAAUACCAACGCCCGACGGUGAAUAUUGCGGGUUUAACGAUGAGUCCAAAUCCAACCAGUUGCGGCGGCGACGGCGGUAGCAGCAGCGGGGAAGAAGACGGAGACGCCGAGUGGAGAGCUUCCAUUCACUCCAUAGCCGCCAACACGACGGCCUCUUUCUCUGCAAAAGGCUCCGCGAUUACAAAAAGAAACAACCUUUCGACCCCAGAUACAGAUGAUUAUGCCGAUGAAGCUGAUGAAAUAGAUCAGAAAAAGCAACCCUAGAAGCUUACACGCUAUCAACUCAAGGUUCCCUGGAGCUUUUCCCGUGUUUCUAUCUUCAGUUUUUAUUAGCAUUAGCUUAUGUGGGUAAUUUUUUGAAUAAUUUGAUAAAUAGCUACGUCAAAAAUAUGAACUUUUAGAUUCCAUGUUAAGUUUUUAGUCCAACUUAUGGAUUGAUAGUUCCCAUCAAAUUCAUUUCCCCCGAUAAGUUGGCAUCAAAUUUGAGUGACGGGCAGGGAUUUAAAUUGCAAGGUUGCAUUGCAUUUAUCGUGAUUGCGGACAUAGUGGGUUUUAUCACGGGUAUCGUCUGUACUGCUAUAUAACGGCUGUCAUUCCAAUAGGGGACCGCUAUUUAGAUCCCUGGCGCCGGGAACUAAAAUGGAGCGAAUUGAAAGGGACUCGAACUUUAGUAAUUGUCUAUUCUCAAUGUUUAAUAUCAUAUAUACAUUCGAUUACAAUAUAUUAUUCUGUUUGAACACUUGUCAUGCAUUGUUCCGUUUGCUAACUGGUUAAAGUCAUAAGCAGGCACAAAAGCUUUUGGAUGAUAUUUUAGAGAAAAACUUAAUGAUUGUGAAGGAUUGCAAUGUCCCAGAUGAUGAUAGUUUGGUAAAUGAUAUCGGGGUUCGUUUAUUUAAAAGUUCUGCUCCCAGGAUAGUAUUUGACCAUGUAGAUGAAAUUCAAGGGCCCAGAAGGAAACCAAAAAUCCUUCCCGGAAGAGGGAUCAAUGAGAACUCGAAAGAGUUUAGAAGACAACUACGGUCUAUAGCUGUUGACGGAAAAGAUAUAUUGGCUGCUGCAAGAGAUGCAAGCCAGAAAGCAUUAGCUAGACUAGAAGCUAAAGAUGCAGCAGCUAGAGAAAAGGCCGAAAAAGAAGAAGCCAGAAUUGCACAACUGAAAAAGAUAAGAGGAGAGAGGUGGCUACCUUCAAUGGCUAGAGAGAUGCAGUUAAGCAAACGUCCUCGGCAACAGGUAUAGGCCGAUCACUUGAAGAUGUUUAGAUAGUUGUUUUUCCGUGAUGAAUACUACUGAUUCGUACUCUAGAAUGACAAUGCCU